AUGAGGUUGGUAUUUCUUAUUCUACUUAUAGCAGCAGUUCAAGCCCAAAACAAGUAUUCACAAAAGUGCUCGACAGAUGACGACUGCGACCCUUUAAAUUCAUGCAACACAAAACUCGGAAAAUGCUACCACAAAGACUUAUGGCCGCUUGAGGGUCAAGAAUGGGCUGGCACCUUUUUAGUUUUCCUAAUGAGUGCCUUGUCAAACGCAGGAGGCAUAGGAGGGAGCUCUAUAAUGAUCCCUUUCUUGCUUCUCAUCUUCAAUUUCGAGACUCAUAUGGUUACUCCAAUCGUACAAGUCAUCAUUUUAAGUGGAAGUAUCGUAGCAGUUGGCAUGAAAGUCAGACUCAGACACCCUACAAGGGACCGUCCUUUAAUUCUCUACGACAUCAUAAUGCUAGAAGUGGGGCCUAUGUUAUUCGGGAGUGCAGUUGGGGUGUUCCUUAACAUCGGUUUCCCAUGGUGGCUCAUCUUAUCAAUUUUUUGUGUAAUUACUCUGGGUCUGAUAAUCAUUACUUUUAUCAGAGGUUUCUUACUUUAUAGAAAAGAGACCAAGGUUAAAAAGAUUUCACAUGUCAAUGUUAAUAGUCAAGACACCGUGGAAAUUGACACUCUUGAUGGCGACAAUAAAAAUGACAUUAUAGAGGCUGAUGACUCUGAGAAAGAUCCAGUCGUCUCCAGACCAGAAAAUCAGCCUGACAAUCAGACAAGCAAGGAUUCAAAUCUUAUUAUCGUUGAGGCAGAGACAGGCAGACCAAUCAGAGACAUACACACAGAGCUACAAAAAAUUUACAAGUUCGAAAGCCAAUGGUGGCAUCCUUCAAGAGUUUUUGUAGUAUUUGCAAUUUUUUCUUGGGCAGUUGUAGCAGCUUUUAUUAGAGGUGAUAGCAACACUGACUCCUCAAUUAAUUUUUAAGCUAUUUAUUUUUAAAAAUAUGGACUUUUUCUUUUUUUUUUAAAAAAAAAUUAAAAUUUAACGGAGGAGUGAGUCAAUUGCUGGCUGGGAACUUUGCACAAAGGAUUUCUGGGGCUUUUUUGUCGGCUUCAUGAUUUCCAUGGCACUGAUCGGAAUUAGUGUUUCCACAUAUCUCAAUAGAAGGGAUAAAUUAAAGGAAUCACUUGGCUACGAUUUUGAUACCCAUGACUUGCGCUGGACUGUCAAACAGUGUGCUACCUUUAUGUUUUUCUCAUUUAUGGCCGGCUUUUUUUCAGGGCUUGCAGGAGUUGGAGGAGCUGUCAUUUUAGGGCCUGUCCAAUUGGCAUUUGGAGUUAGGCCAGAAGUUUCGACAGGAACUUCGUCUUGCAUUGUUAUUCUUACCUCCACUAUGAAUUUCAUCUUGUUUUUGAAGGCUGGGCUUGUUACAGUAAACUACUCCCUUUGGCUUUUAGCUUUUUCAGUUACUGGUUCUGCCUUAGGUGUCUUUGUGGUGAAAAAGCUUGUAGACAAAUUUGGAAGACCUUCCAUUAUGGUGUUCUGCUUGGGGACUGUGUACAUAUCUGCAUUCAUACUCACAGUGACUUACAAUAUCAGAAAAAUCAUCAAGGACCAGGAAGAUGGCAAAACUGAGUAUGAUUUCAAGGACUUUUGCUAA